AUGUCGAUUGAAGUAAUCAACGUGGAUGAUCUUCUAGCAUGCCAUGAAGAUUUCGUAGAAGCAACUUUAAAGAAUUGUAUGAUCACAGACACGGCGCUUUUGAGGAUUAUUUCUCGAUUGUGUGCAGUUUGCAUCGAGUUUUGCGAUUUUAUGCAGGUAAUCAACGUGGAUGAUCUUCUAGCAUGCCAUGAAGAUUUCGUAGAAGCAACUUUAAAGAAUUGUAUGAUCACAGACACGGCGCUUUUGAGGAUUAUUUCUCGAUUGUGUGCAGUUUGCAUCGAGUUUUGCGAUUUUAUGCAGUCGACAGCGAAGACGAUGGAGAAAUCUUUGGACAAUACAGUCAGCUUUUCGGACAGCAUAGCAAUUAUGGAUAAAAGAUUUACCAUUAUUUUGAUGUCGAUGUUCGAUAAAAUUAAUGAUAACAAUGCUUCCACCAGUGGUGCCGAUAAAUUAAUGAACAUUGUGAACAGAUUUCAUUCCAAUUCAUAUUACAGUGAACAACGAGAAAAAAUGUAUGCUGGAUUUUUGGAUACAGCUUCAGAAUCUUCCAUUUCCAAUAGUAAAAGUGUGCCAAAACCCGAGCAGACUGUCAAAUAA